GACUGCAGACACAGUACAGGAGAUGACCAGAGACUGCGGACACAGUACAGGAGAUGACCAGAGAUUGCGGAAAUAGUACAGGAGAUGCCCAGAGACUGCGGACAAAGUACAGGAGAUGCCCAGAGACUGCGGACACAGUACAGGAGAUGCCCAGAGACUGCGGACACAGUACAGGAGAUGCCCAGAGACUGCGGACACAGUACAGGAGAUGCCCAGAGACUGCAGACACAGUACAGGCGAUGACCAGAGACUGCGGACACAGUACAGGCGAUGACCAGAGACUGCAGACAUAGUACAGGAGAUGACCAGAGACUGCGGACACAGUACAGGAGAUGCCCAGAGACUGCGGACAUAGUACAGGAGAUGACCAGAGACUGCGGACACAGUACAGGAGAUGACCAGAGACUGCGGACACAGUACAGGAGAUGACCAGAGACUGCGGACACAGUACAGGAGAUGACCAGAGACUGCGGACACAGUACAGGAGAUGACCAGAGACUGCGGACACAGUACAG